CGGCCAACCUCUCGCCGACGUUGUCUUGCAGCAGCUCUGUGCCGGGCCGCCCUUGUCGUUCGAUCGUCAGUGACCUCGACUUGCUCUCGACGCUCGUACAGGCUCGCCAAGCGGGCCGAAAGGCAAUACACAAAGCGCCAUGUGACGACGAAGGCAAGGACCGGAAGGCGACAUUGGCCGAUGCUCUCGACGAUUUUUGUCGCUCGCUUUGAAAAUGGCGCCGAGAUCAAGUCGCAUCUCGCCGCUUUCGGAUGCGCCCGCUGCGGCGCUGGCCAGCGGCAUGCAGCCGUUUCGCGACACGAUUGCGUCGACGCUCAUGGCCAAGUGCGAUGCGUUUGGCGCACCGGUCAUGCACCGCCACAAUGAGAUGGAGGCUGACAGAGGCAUGCUGGCGCACCUCGGCGCGUGCAUCGAGCACUGCGCCAAGACAGAGAUCCUCUCGCGCGACCACGUCAUGAGCUUUUUUCUCUCGGCGAUGCAAGCGCUGCAGUCGAUGAAGUUUGUGCACUUGAUCGACGCGCCAUUGCUUUCGCUUGUGAUGACCAUGCUUCUGCGCGGCUUGGCAGAUCGCAUCUCGGAGACGAAGAAGGCUGCACUUAUUUUCUACAACAUGUGCUCGAUGGUCAACGACGCCAAGGACCUCACGCUGCACCUCGGCACCAUCUGCCGGCAGACGCUGCUGCUCGACUCCAUUCCUGAGUGCCGCACGGUUUCGUCCAAAGCCCGCGGUAUGCUCGCCAAGGGCCAGAGCCACUUCCCGCACCUCAUGCCACGGGCAGCAGGCCAUAAAGUGCUCGUGCACCUUGGCCCGGACGCGCUUGAUCACUAA